AUGCUCCCGUUCGCCCCCAAGACAGUGGAGAAAUCUGGAAAUGAGGAGAGACGGAGAGAAAACACAAGAGCAAGAAGAAGCCAGCUGAAGAGAGAGGAGAGGAAGGAUUCCCGAAUAAGACGGGAUUUGUUGGAAAACCAUCAAGUUCGAGAGACAGACGUGGCGUUUAACAAAGACAGCAAGACAGAAAUGCUCAGCGUAGUGACCUACAGACCACCGCCUCUUCCGCCACCAUCUGAAUCCUCACGGGCAAACAGUACAGUGCAGUGUCUGGAAAUGACCACCAAGCGGAAGCUGAUUGGCCGGCUGGUGCCGUGCCGUUGCUUCCGUGGUGAAGAGGAAGUGAUCUCAGUGUUGGACUACUCCCACUGCAGCCUCCAGCAGGUCCCCAAGGAAAUCUUCAGCUUUGAGAGAACUCUGGAAGAGUUGUACCUAGACGCUAACCAGAUUGAGGAACUACCUAAGCAACUCUUCAACUGCCAGGCUCUGAAGAAGCUGAGCAUGCCUGACAAUGACCUGUCCAACCUGCCGACAACCAUCGCCAGUCUGGUUAACCUCAAAGAGUUAGACAUCAGUAAAAAUGGAAUCCAAGAGUUUCCAGAUAAUAUAAAAUGCUGUAAAGGCCUGUCUGUGGUAGAAGCCUCCGUCAACCCCAUUACCAAACUUCCAGAUGGUUUUACGCAGCUCCUGAAUCUGACCCAGCUCUUCUUAAACGAUGCCUUCCUGGAGUAUCUGCCUGCUAACUUUGGCAGACUCUCCAAACUACGGAUCUUGGAGCUGAGGGAGAACCACCUGAAAACCAUGCCAAAGUCCAUCCACAGACUGACACAGCUGGAAAGGCUGGAUCUGGGUAGCAAUGAAUUCUCUGACAUGCCGGAGGUGUUGGAACAGAUACACAACCUAAAGGAGCUGUGGCUGGAUAACAACUCUCUACAGUCUAUACCAGGGUCGAUAGGGAAGCUCCGUCAGCUGCGGUACCUGGACCUGGCUAAGAACCGUAUUGAGACAUUGGACACGGAUAUUUCUGGCUGUGAGGCCUUAGAAGACCUGCUGCUAUCCUCGAACAUGCUGCAGCACCUCCCUGACACAAUAGGGAUGCUGAAAAAGUUGACCACACUGAAGGUAGAUGACAACCAGCUAACCUCACUGCCUCACACCAUUGGGAGUCCGAAGCCCAAGCAAGGUCUGUCUCUGUUGGAGGAGUUGGACUGUAGUUGCAAUGAGCUGGAGUCAUUGCCUCCCACUGUUGGCUACCUUCACAACCUGAGGACCUUUGCAGCUGACGAGAACUUCCUCUCAGAGCUGCCGCGGGAGAUUGGUAAUUGUAAGAACGUGACGGUGAUGUCACUGCGGUCCAACAAACUGGAGUUUCUUCCUGAUGAGAUCGGACAGAUGACUAAACUGCGUGUCCUUAACCUCAGCGACAACAGGUUAAAGAAUUUACCGUUUACCUUCACUAAGCUGAAAGACCUGGCAGCUCUGUGGCUCUCAGACAAUCAGUCCAAAGCUCUGAUCCCACUGCAGACAGAAGCCCAUCCCGAAACCAAACAGAAAGUUUUGACCAACUACAUGUUUCCUCAGCAGCCGCGGCACGACGAGGAUUACCAGUCGGACAGUGACAGCUUUAAUCCAACUCUGUGGGAGGAGCAGAGGCAGCAGAGAAUGACAGUGGCCUUUGACUUUGAGGACAAGAAAGAGGAGGAAGACAACUCUGGGAAGGUCAAGGUUGAAAUAAACCUGAAGCGAUACCCAACACCCUAUCCCGAAGACCUAAAGAACAUGGUCAAGUCGGUGCAAAGUCUUGUGGGUAAAAACAUACAUGCUGGACAUGGGCACCAGCAUCAGCACCAGCACCAGCACCAGCACCAACACCAGCAUCAGCACCAGCACCAGCAUCAGCUUCAGCUGAGCACAGGCACUGCCACCUCAGCAGGAACCAACAUGGAGCAUACACACCACAGCAAAGAGCCCUAUGAGCCGCCAUGGCCCCUGCCUCCCAAAGAGGUGACAGACAGAGAGAUGCAGGACUUCACUCAGUCUCAGCUAAUGGAUCAGGGCUCAAUGCAUAACUCUGGAAUCGACAUUCCCAAGAGAAAGGACAAAGAAGAUUUGACGGAGAGCUCUGAGGACUCAAUGGGUGGCUCUCCCAAUGACAUCCGAAUCUCUGAUAUGAGACCCACACUGGUGGAGCCACCGAUGUACAAACCGAAGGUGGUUUUGUUGGGGAAAGAUAAGAAAGAGUCUACAGAUGAAGAUGUAGAUAAACUCCACUGUCUGAACCACAGUGGCUCCUCUGCCACCUACUCAGACUAUUCUCCCUCGCAGGGGUCCUCCGGAUCCUCCAACCCGCCCACCAACACACACGCACACACACAUUCUCAUGCACACCAACAUAACCCUGCCCUUCCAGCCCCCAACAAGGACCAGGCUCCUCAGACCCACUGGACAAAUAGGCUUGCCCAGUCAUUCCCCAAGCCUAUUGACUCCAAGCCCCUGCUAUCAAAGAGAGAGACCCCUCCAUCAGGGACCCUGCAGCAGCGGGGAGACCGGCGUCCACUCAGUGAGCCUUUUGAUUGGUCAGAGGCCCCUCAUUAUGACAACACAGGUUUUGAUGCUGAGGAGUCUCCGCUAGACGCUGCGUCAUCUAAUACAAGUCAGGGAAACCCGCCACUGGGCUCCAAACCCCGAAGCCAGUCAACACAUGGCCGCCGCCCCCUCCUCAGGCAAGAGCGAAUCGUAGGAGUCCCCCUAGAACUGGACACCCAGACACUUCCCUACCACAGCAACCAACGCUCCACACCAGAUAAUGACCCACAGUCCUCUGGACCUCCUUCCCAGAACCCCUGGCAGAAUUGGACUAGGACUCCCAGUCCUCUGGAGGACAGAACUGCUUUCCCAUCCAAACUGGACCAGACACCCACCUCCAGUCCAAACCCUGACCGCAAAGACAUAGACUCAAGACUGGAACAGGGUUCAGGGCCUUUGCCUGGGAGCUGGACGUACCACAACAAUCAGGGUGAACAGAACAGGAAAGAUCAGCUCAGUGUCGGUGGAGGUAACAAGGUGACAGUGGUGAUGAGUAAAAGCUCAGACCGCCUGUCCCCUAUGAUGAGAGAAACAAGAUCCAAGUUUAAGAAAUCGCAGAGCAUAGAUGAGAUUGACAUUGGCUCAUACAAAGUCUACAGUAUUCCCAUGGAAACCUAUAGCUCAUCCAUCGAGCAGCAGACUAGUUUGGACCGUCCAGAACUACUCGGUUCUAUGGAGCAAACCAGCAUGGCGCGGUCACAGUCUGCCCCCAUGUUAGAUGAUGAGAUGGGCUUUCCUGGUGGUAGCAGUCAGAACCAGUCUGGGCAGAACCAAAAACCCGCCAUUCCACAGAAGGCUUAUCACUUUGACCAGAAUUACAACCCCCAGGUGACCAUGGAUCGCCGUGUCCCUCCCCCAUUCCCAAACACACCAGAUUAUGUCAACCACUCAUCAAAGGCUUUGGAGUACUUGAAUCAACCGGGGAAGACGUUGCCAAAAGAGCUAGUGAGCCCUCGGUAUCGUGCAUAUCCCCCGCUAGAGAUGUUUUCUUUCCCUCAGUCACCAAUCAACCAGGAUGGCCUACACAGCCAUCAGCAGCAGCCAAUCCCAGCCCAGCGCUCCAGGCCAGGGUUUCUGAGAAGAGCGGAUUCUUUGGUUAGCUCAACGGAGCUUGCUUUAUUUCGCAGGGUUCAUGAAGCCCAGCAAGAGGCGCUGCAGGAGGCUCAGUUUCGACAACAGGCGGAACCCCCUCAUUAUAGUCGGGCUCUUGCCUACUCAAGUCCCAUGGACCACAACAUGGCCGACAACCAAAGUCAGAUGAUACACAACAAGAGAAAUGGUCGCUAUGAUGAUGACUAUUCCUCUUACCAGGAACAGAAGAAGCCCAUGAUUGGCUAUCCAACGAAGAGUCUGACUCAGCGUCGCCCCUUAUCUGCCAGGAGCUAUAGUACAGAGACCUACGGAGCAUCUCAGGCCCGUCCAGUAUCAGCUCGACCCACCAUGGCUGCCCUCCUAGAGAAGAUGCCGCCUGACUACACCCUAGCAACUUGUCCUGAGAAACCAUCUGAGGACACCAUCAAAGUAAGGCCCGUUGUACCACAGAAACCCGAAGACAUCACCUCUAAAAUGCCUGCCGACUGGAGGCAACAACUUCUCAGGCACAUAGAGGCCAAACGCCUGGACAGGAGUGGUGUCCUAAAGCACAACACGCUCACGCUGGGCAUGCUCUGUCAGGGCGGGGGUCACGGCCAGGGGCGCAGCAGCACUUUGAACUUUAACCUUUACAAUAACACUAAGCAUGAGCCCCCUGCUGGCCGUUGGUUGCCACUACCUCCUCCUCCAUCUGCCAACGCUACUCCCUCUCAACAGGCAGCCAUGCUGGAUAAUGACCAGGAGGGGGUGUCCGGGAGUAACCAGUGGGCUCCCUAUUCACUGGGCAGAAGGGACGUUCCACCUGACAACCUCAUGAAAAAAAGCGGGCAUUCACACAACCCUUCACACCAGUCACACAACACCAUGAUUGUCACUUCCUCCUCUUCCUCUUCGGCCACCACACCUCAUCGUGUGGUCGGGCAGCAGGGUUACGAUGGGAUGAUGAGCAAAGGGGGGCAAUACCAGCAAGGAAUGGCUCUUUCAGUGGUUCCCUCUGGUGGGCCAGGCCAGUACCAAGGCAAUGUGUCUCAAGCCCUUUCCUCUUCUGGCCAGGGUUACUCUGGUAGCCAUUUGCCCAUGGCCCUGUCCCCAUCUGGGAACCAACCCCAGUACAAUCCUCACACUUCUCAUCAGUCCUCCCUACCCUCAACCAACCCCCAGUACCAUGGAAACCAAGGCAUGGUCCACAGCAACCAGGUUGCUAUGACUACUCACACCAACCCUAGGCCUCAGAGCGCUCGCUGCCUGUUGCAAACUAAGGGCCAGAAGAGCACAGAUGGGUACCAGGAACAGUUGUGUGUGAGAAUAGAGAAGAACCCUGGUCUUGGUUUCAGUAUCUCUGGUGGCAUCAGCGGCCAGGGGAACCCCUUCAAACCCUCCGACAUGGGUAUCUUUGUUACUAGGGUACAGCAUGAUGGGCCUGCGGCCUCAGCCCUGCAGCCCGGAGACAAGAUCUUGCAGGCUAAUGGACAUAGUUUUUUACACAUGGAGCAUGAGACAGCCGUCUCUCUGCUGAAGAGUUUCCCACGGAUGGUGGACUUGGUGGUUCUGAGAGACAGCAGCACGCGCUAG